CAUUCCGUUCCGGGACUUCCCCUUUCUCUCUGCGCUCGUGACAUUCAGUUACCACCAAUACCGCUAUGAAGUCGCUCGUGUUAGUGACAGUGACUUUAAUCAGUGCGAUGGCAACACCAGACGAGUAUUCGCAAGAACGUGCAACGAUUUUGUGUCAAGAAACCGCAAAUUUUCUCGGUCAUAACAUCACUUUAACGUUGAAAGAAGAGUCGGUGAAUGAAAUCCUCCUCGCGACUAAAAAUAAAGAGCUCUCUUACGAAAUCUCGAGUGAUUUCCUCCCAGCGCAACACUUCUUCCGAGCCAAAAACCGAAUCGACAAGUCCCGAGUGUUCGCGAUGAUUCGGACACUCCCCAAAGGAGCCUCACUUCAUACUCAUUUACUCGCCGCAGCCUCCGUUGAUUUCUUAAUCAGGAAUAUAAGUUAUCGGGAGAAUCUCUACGGAGGGUACGUUAAUAACGUGUUCAAGCUGAAGUUUUUGCAAAAUCCGGAGAGUGACCCCCGGUGUAAUUGGACUUUGGUUAAGGAGAUGCGGGAGAGGGAAACAGCGCCGGUUUUUGACCACUGGCUUCGCACACAAUUGACUUUAAAUGUGGAAAACCCCCAAGAGAGUUAUCCAAGUGUUGAGAAAGUCUGGGAGAAGUUUAAGAAGGUUUUCACCACCACUUACGACAUGCUUUCGUAUCGGCCUGUUUUUGAGGACUACAUUUAUCAAGUUUUGAGGGAACUCCACGACGAUAAUGUCAUGUACACGGAGCUCAAAGGGACAAUAAUGCCCUUAUACGAACUCGACGGGACCACUCACUCCAAAGAGGAGUUUUUCGAAAUUUUCAUAAACACAGUGGGGAAAUUUAAAUCGGACUUCCCGGCCUUCACAGGAGUGAAAUACAUUCACUCAAUUUAUCGAGGAGUGGACAAUGACGUCCUCCAAACCGGUUUAGAGGAGAUAAUCAAUUUGAAAAAACACUAUCCUGAUUUUAUCGCCGGUUUUGACUUCGUCGGUUUUGAGGAGGAAGGCCACACACUCUUCGACUACCACUCCCUGCUAAUGGGGGCCCAAAAACACCUAAAAUUCUUUUUCCACGCCGGUGAAACAAACUGGUUUGGUCACACUGACCUCAACCUUGUCGAUGCUAUUCUACUAAAUUCCUCUAGGAUUGGACACGGUUUUGCCCUCACAAAACACCCAAAAUUGUUACAAUUGGCCAAAAACAGAAACAUCCCUCUGGAAAUAUGCCCCAUAUCGAACCAAGUCUUGAUGUUAAAUGACGAUCCCAGAAACCACCCAGGGGCCACUUUGAUGGCUUUGGAUUACCCAGUAGUGGUAGGCAAUGAUGAUCCUUCAAUUUGGAAUGCAACAGGAUUAAGCUACGACUGGUACAUGGUUUUCAUGGCCAUGACACCCAAAAACAGUGGUCUUGAAGUCUUGAAACAAUUGGCCAUCAAUUCGAUUGUUUUUAGCUGUAUGGAGGAGGAGGAGAGAAGGAGGAGUUUGGAGCAGUGGGCGGACCAAUGGGACAAGUUUCUAGACGAUAUCUUAGUUAAUAAAUAAAAAUAAACAGUUCAAUCCAAAAGUUUAUAAAAUUUGGUUUACACUAAUCGUGUUCCCUGCCAAAACAAUAUCCAAAAACUCCUCCCAUUGCUCCUCCCAAGUGGCCAAAGCGUCACA